UUGUAUUCUCAUUAGAGGAAUGGCUUUAUACAUAGCUGAGCCAUGACAGAUGGAUUGCUUGCGACUCUUCUCUUUGAAGUCAAUGAAACAUUCAGAACCCUCAUGGCGAUUUACUUAGGUAUCUGAGGAAAUUAUUGCCAUGCCAUUUGCUCCGACAUUGAAGCUGAGGUCCACUGGGUCUCGAACUUCUGCUCGUAACAGGUUGUUUUCCAGUCCGAAUAGUGGUCAGCCAUUUACGUGUCCAUCUACAACACGGAGAACCAGUGAUCCUGGUGUUUUCUACUACAGUGAUGAAUCAUCAACAAUGGGAUCUAAAAAGAAGCAGAUAAGGUCCAAUGGCACUGUGACACAGAAUGGAAAGAAAGUAUCAAAUGGAGUGAGUGAACGAAAGAGGAAAAAUGAAGACUCUACCACAGUCACAAAAACUGUGCAAAUAAGUGCUUUUAUCAUCAUAAUCAUCGCUUUCAUUGUCAUGUACAGGACUGACUUUUCAUCAGAGAAAUCUUCAGAACAAUCAUCUAGUCCAUCUAAGUCUUCCCAAGAUUCAAAAAAAUCCCAGAAUUCCAUGCAUUCAGAUUCCACGGGCAAUUGGAGACCUGCCACAAAAGAGGCAUUGAGGUUGUAUGGAUCAUCCAAAUGUACAGUAGAUAGGAGGGAUGCCAGUGAUUUAACUGUGAACGAAUUCGAGGAUAAAUAUAGAUUUAAAAAACCAGUGAUUGUAAGGUUUCCCAGAGGGGCCAGGGACUGGACUGACCCCUGGAAAUGGUCCCUCCGCAGUCUGAAGCAGGAGUAUGGACAGUGGUAUGUCCUGUCUGGAAAUUCACGAGAUAUUGUACGGAAAGGAGGAAACGGAGAUGUCCAGUCAUCUUUCUCGGAGUUUGUGGAUUCCCUGAUGCAAGACAAGGAUGAAAUUGGAGAACCCUUCUACAUUUUUGACCGAAUGUUCUACAAUGAUUCCAGUCUUCCUAGAACUUUAAAACCACCAAAGUACUUUGAAAUCAAAGAUGGGGUAGAUGACAGUAUUUUCUUUCUGGGAGCAUCCAGUAGUGGUGUGUCCUUCCACAAACACGCGGAUGCAUGGAAUGGGGUCAUUUAUGGACAGAAGCGGUGGUUCCUCUAUCCCUCCACUCACACCCCACCUGGAGGGGUGUACCCAGGCUUUACUCAGAUGGAGUGGUAUGACAAGAUUUACCCCUCCCUGUCGGGGGAUGAUCUCCCCAUGGAGUGUGUCCAGGAGGCAGGGGAAAUACUAUAUCUACCAGAGGGGACCUACCAUGGUACAAUUAACCUUGGGGACACAGUAGCUAUAGGAAUUCAGAAGAAGGAUGCUUCCAUAGAGACAGAAAAACUCUUCUACAAAGAGCUGAAUCUGGAACAAGCGACACCUGGUGCCACCAGAGAUAGACUUCUUCAGGAGAGGAUCCAAAUUUUUCAGAAGCUCCAUAAACUUUUACCUGAGAGUACAGAAGUACUGAUGAAGUUAGGGCAGGCUUUUUCUGACACAGGGAGGGUUGACGAAGGACUGAAAUUCACCCAGCAGGCCAUAGACAAAGACCCCCACUUCCUUAUAGCUCACCUGAACAAAGCUAAGAUGUACAUACAGAAAAAUGAAGAUAAAAAGGCAGAAGAAAAGCUGAAGAUUUGUUUGGAGAUGAAUCCUAAAUUGUGGGACGUACAUGCUACAUAUGGAGACUUUCUGAUGAAAAAUCAGAGGUUUAAAGAGGCAGCACAAAUGUUCAGAAAGGGAACACAAGUGAAGCCAGACAUGAUACCAUUCUGGGCCAAUCUGAGGAAUGCCCUGCAACAAAGUGGUGACAAUGCAGGGGUAAGGGAGGUAAAUCUUGUUAUCGAACGAAUUCAGCGAGAACAGCAGGACAGACAGUGAUCGUGAUAAAUAGUGCUAAUUUAUACAAGUCACAAAGUCCAUAAAACAUGCCUUCAAUGUGGAGCAUAUCAUUGUUCAUUAUGUUGAAGUUAUUUUUUUCUACUUUGAUUUAAUUUAUUGAUGUUUUAUAUGUUAAUUUGUGUGUUUGCAACAAAAACCAAUCUGUCUCAUUUAUUGUGGUUAGAAAGGGAAAUUUUAAUAUCGUAGUAAGAAGGGAAAGUCAUGUGAUUACAUUAAUUCUAUAUAUUUUUUAUUAAUUUGAUGUGUGUAUCAAUGGGAAGAUAGUGCAUAGUAAUCAAUCUAAUUAAAAUUAGAUGUUCCGAAUCCGCGUCUGCUUCUUUGAGAAGCGGUAGCAGAUUUGGAACAUCUUAUUUUAAUUAGAUUGCAUAAUAAUGGCAUUCCAAUUCUGUCAAAUAUUUCAAAGUGUUGAAUGAGUUAUAUUGUACAUCAUUGGCUUUCUGCAGCUACAUGUAUAGUUGGUGUGAAAGGAGUGAGAGGCAUUUUUUUCUUUAAUUCUGAAGUUGUAUAAAAAUGUGAUACAACUUGAUUAGCAUAAUAUGAUUUAAUGAGAUUCAUUGAUUCAGUUUUUCUUGUUGAAAUGGUUCACAAUUAUAAAACUGUAUUUGCAUUGUGUUACAAAUAAUACAUUUAUAAACAAAUAUGCCCCUCUCCUAAUCAACUUCAUGAAUUCAGCAUUUCAUUAUUAAAACUACAUUAAAACUCUGUAUAAUAUUUUGACCAAAUACGGACUCUUUUCUCCAGCUUACUGCAUUCUGUUAAUUGACUUGUGUACAUACAUGUAUUAUACAGUAAAAAUCCUUAUUAUAAAAUGCACAUCUUUCAACAUUUUCAACAGCUUAUAUUCAACGUCCCUGAAUAAGCAAGGGCACUUUGUAAAACAUUCCAGUUCUCUUUUCAGUUGUAAGAGUUAUCUCUCUUUGUAUAUUUGAUCUCGUUAAUGCCUCGCUAGUCUGUGAUACUUUGUCCUUCGUUAUAAAUAAUAAAAUCAAUGUUAUUUAUUACUUUCAAAUAAAAAUAGAUUAACAUUA